AUGGCGAGCACAGCUGCCAUCUCGAGUGCAAGCACUGUUCGUUGUCUUCCUUUGAUUGAUUGUCCCAAAUGCAAGAUCAAGGUCGUUAGGCGCAAGAGCAAGGCUGGCAACGUGUAUUACAAGUGCCCCAAUAAUUUUCUGAAUGAUGAUACUUUUAAGGAAUACUGGUUCGAGGACCAAUACCUUGAGUAUUUACGUGCCAAUCAUCCAAACCUGCUUGAGGGUGUUGAAGUGGAUUUUGUACAGCCCACAGCUUUUGCCCUUGCUGUUCUUGGUGCUCCUGUUGGCACAGAACAGAAUAGCGACAGGAUGGUGGAGAUGCUGGACAUGAAGGUUCAGAUAACUGACUAG